AUGCCUGGUAGCAUCCAUGAAUCGCUGGAGAGUCUUCCACGCCCAGAAAGCCUGAUCGCCGCCGUGACCAGUUCACAGGAUCUUUCACCAAGUGUCAGCUUCUAUGCAAUUGACCAGUCCAUUCCCAGCCCUCAAUGUUUCCCCGAACUUCCCCACGACACGUAUAUUGGCGGUCCCAGCUCGAGCGCCGCCUCGGCAUUGGACAGUAAAAAGCUGAGGAAAAAGCUCAACGGCAGUGCCAAGGCAAUAGAACAACUUCUGGGUGUUCUGUCGAGCAAUGAAAACGGGGCGAAGAAGAUCAAUUCGGGCUGCCAGGGUGUUUUUUUCUCUAAAACGCCAAUUCCUGGCCCCGGUGGCUAUAUUGCCAGGAUCUACGGCGGCCUUCCCACGGAGAGAUCAUGGGGAAGAAUCUCGGAACAAUACCUUUCGUAUAAGGGAAUUGAUUUGAAAUCAACACACCAGGUUGACUCAAUUAGCAUCAACACUGGCGUCUGCCUCUUUUCGCUACCUACGCUUGGGCCAAUUUCUGAACACUUUCGCGUCGCCCAGGAUACACCCUUGAAUGUGCCAGAUCUACCAAUCAAUGAAAGACCUACCUUGUACGAGCUGGAAGGUGUCAGUCGGUUGGCAUCUGCCAUUGCAGAUAUUGUCUGCCUCAUUCAAGAAAGACCCUGUCCCGCGGAUGUUGAGAUCAAUAUUGAUGUCCCUGAUUUCCAGUACUACUGGUCUAUCUAUGAUUUCUACCACGCUGGUCUUAUCGACACUAAUUUUGUCCGUCAGUGGAUAGAUCUAGUCGACGAAAGGCACAGUCAGAUGGGAUCCAUUAUGAUCGCGGCGAUAAAAGCCCUUAUACGCAGCGAAAUGCCUGGUUUGGACAUCGAUAAGCUGCGUAUCAACAUCACAUCCGGGUCCGAGACAGCAAGCUCGCUGAUAAAGAACUGCUUGGCAUAUGGUAUUUCUCCGUCAGUAAACGAGGUCAUCUUCUCGCUGAGGUCUUGCCCAACUCACGGCGAGUUGUGGCAGGAGUUCUUCGCAAACCUCGAUCCUGAUGAGGCGAUGGAGACUGUGGCCGAUAUAAGCAGGCUGAUAUAUGUCUUCAAAGCUGUUCUACCAGCCCUUAGGCGAAGACAAAGAUCAGACAAAACACACAUGAUUCUUCAAGUGGAUGAUAUCGGUGAGCAUCGAAUUUUUGAUAGAGCGGAGGCAUUCCUCAAGACCUACAAUGGUGCUGGAUCACCAAGCCCAGUUGAUCAGCGCUCUGUUAUCAUCGGCCUUUUUCCGUUGCACAGAAUUAGCAUGGCCCAUUUGGCACAUGGCAAGGCUCUGUACGUCCAUGCUCCGCUGGACAGACUUUUCAUUGACAGAGCAACUGGGGAGUCUAUGACGAUCAUGAGGAUGAUCAGCCUUACCUAUGGUUCAAGGAUUGCAAAAACGGUGCAGCAGGCCUUUGCCCAGAACUGUAUGUAUGCGGAAUAA